CUGCUGUCAGCUCCCUCAGCGUCCGGCCGGGACACUGUAUAUGCUGAACAGCUGCGGCAGCCGGCUGCUGCUUGUCCUGGGCCUUGGUUUCCCGCUGGUGACCCGCCGGCCGCUUUUCCUCUGCUCUCACCGCCUCAUGAAGCCAAAGGUCGUGUUCGUUCUCGGCGGUCCCGGCGCCGGCAAAGGGACCCAGUGCGCCCGUAUCGUCGAGAAAUAUGGCUACAUACACCUUUCUGCAGGAGAACUUCUUCGUGAUGAAAGGAAAAACCCAGAUUCACAGUAUGGUGAACUCAUUGAAAAGUACAUUAAAGAUGGAAAGAUUGUGCCAGUUGAGAUAACCAUCAGUUUGUUAAAGAGGGAAAUGGAUCAGACAAUGGCCGCCAAUGCUCAGAAGAAUAAAUUCUUGAUUGAUGGGUUUCCAAGAAAUCAAGACAACCUUCAAGGUUGGAACAAGACCAUGGACGAGAAGGCAGAUAUAGCUUUCGUUUUGUUUUUUGAUUGUAAUAAUGAGAUCUGUAUUGAACGAUGUCUUGAGAGGGGAAAGAGUAGUGGUAGGAGUGAUGACAACAGAGAGAGCUUGGAAAAGAGAAUUCAAACCUAUCUUCAGUCAACAAAACCAGUUAUUGACUUAUAUGAAGAAAUGGGGAAAGUCAAGAAAAUAGAUGCUUCUAAAUCUGUUGAUGAAGUUUUUGAUGAAGUUGUGAAGAUUUUUGACAAAGAAGGCUAAUUCUAAACCUGAAAACAUCCUUGAAGUCAUGCUUGAAUAUUGCUUUGAUAGCUGCUGUCACAAUCCCUUUAUAAGGCAAUUUUAAUCUUUCAUAAUUAUAUCACAAUUAGUGGCCAGAAAGUGCAUAGUAAGACAAAUUAAAUUUUUUAUCUUCAACGUAUUUUUUUGUCACAGGAGUAGACAGUGAAUUCGGGUGUAACUUUAUCUUAGCUAUGGUGCUCACCAAACAAAGAAGGGCAUUAGCUAGUCCUUUGUCUUUAUUCGAUAAGAAUAUCCCUUUUAUAGUUUGUGCCUUCUGUGAGCAAAACAUUAUACAGUAGUAUGUGUUUAUCCCUUUAGUAAUCGCUACGUGUCAGGAUUAGGGAUUCCUCAGUUCCUUUUUUUCUUACAGGUUUUAAAUUUUCAACCUGUUAAGUGAAUUUGUGGACCACAUUCCAAAGGAACUUUUGUGUAGUCAGUUCUUGUACAAUGUGUUUGGUAAACAAACUCAUAAAAUGAAUUGCUAGAAGUGUUUUAGUACUUAUCCACUAACUGACCAUAUCCUAUAGAAAGGUAAGAAAUCUUAGGCUACAUUUUACUACAAUUUAUACAGAGUUGUGUGACAGGGCAUAGUCUUUGCUUACAGGGAUUGGGAUGGGGCACUGAGGGUUCAGAGCCUGGUAGAAUUGUCAGCUCUAUUCUGACACAAAUCUGAGGAUAAGGGACAAGUAUCACAUCUAAUGACGUGUGUUCCUUAUGCUCUGUUAUAUAGAGUUAUUAAUGAUUAAAUUGAUCUCAAAAAAAUUCCUAGCAGUGGAACCUUGAAAUGCAUGUACUAAAUUUAUGAUAAAAUGAGGUGUUUGUUUUUUUUCUAGACUAUAAGGUUAGUGUAAAGUAGAAGAAAUCUAAUGCUU